AUGGAGCUGGUCAACGAUCGGUUCGAGCAAAGCGCAAUGGUAUUGCCGCAUCGGCCGUACGCCCUGCUGACGGGAGAGUUCCGGCGAAGUAACCAUUCGGCAUAUCUGGGCAACACAUUCGAGGCGUGGGAUCCCGAAAAGGUCCUCAAGGAGGCAAAGCUCGUACACUUCAGCGACUGGCCGCUGCCCAAGCCGUGGAUCAUGUGGCCGGCCGAAGGACUCGCCGAGACAGAGAGAAGGAAGGACAUUUGCCGCUUACUCAGCGUACCUGCGCCUGACUGGCACAGCAUCAAGGGCGUGGCGCGCCCCAAUGCCACGGACGGCACAAGAAACGAAGCGCCGCAGGUGCAGAGCCAAGCGGAUGUUGGCAGCGAGUCUAGCACUGCAGGUGGGCAGCAGAGCGCUGCACGUGACGCAUCAGACAUCUGA